UUUCAGGUAUCAAUGGGUUGUCAUCAGAAUCUCCAGGAGUGAUAUGAAAAUCCACUUGGAUUGUGAAGACUGGUCCAUGAGAUUCUGCUCAUGAACUUACAGUCUCUAUUUCAAGAUUUCAACCCAAGCAAAUUCAUUGUAUACACAUGUCUGCUGCUCUUCACUGCUUUCUUUGCCCUUCGUCUUGACAACCGCAUUGGAUGGAGCUUUUGGGCAGUUUUUCUGCCCAUAUGGGUAUGGAAGAUCCUUGCCAUCUCAGGAGCUGGCUUUGGGAGUUAUGUAUGGUGGAAAUAUCCACAGUCAAGAUUGGAAGGUGAGAGUUAUACCCAUUACAAGGCAAUGCUGAUAAGCUUAGCCUUGCACCUGCUUCUGCUCAUGUUCGAGUUGCUUGUCUGUGAUAACUUGGAAUCAGGGCACCAUCUUUGGAUCCUUGUUUUCAUCCCACUCAUCUUUGUUUCAAUAAUCUCAGUAGCUGUAUGCAUAUGGGCUGUCAAACAUGACAGGUCCUUUGAGUUGGAACUUUUUUGUGCUGUGAACAUACUGCAGUUUGUGUUCCUCGCCUUGAAGCUAGAUGGCUUCAUCAGCUGGGGCUGGGAAGUGGUGUUCAUCCCAUUAUGGAUUGUUAUGUGCAUAUCCUUGGUUGGAGUCUUGUAUGCUGUCAUCUUUGCCAGCAUUGUGUGGCGGACAGCAGAAGUGAAUCUGGAUCAAAGACGUGCCUCAGUUCAUUCAGCCAUUGGAUACACUUUUUUAGUUGUACCAAUGCUUGUUUUCCAGGUGCUGCUUGCAAAUAAAUUGGAUGGAGAUACAGCCUUCACUUACACUGCUGUAGUGUCCCCUCUGUUUGUAUCAUUCACCACCCUCAUAUGCAUGGCAUUUGGAUCAAAAGCUGGGAAUUACUGGUGGUUUGGGAUUCGGAAGGACUUCUGCCACUUUCUCCUUGGGGUGUGUCCAUGUCUUCAGGAGUAUGGGAACAUCUCAUAUAGGUCCAGUGUUGAUAUCUAUCUUAUCUGGGCAGUGGAGCAGGUUUCACCCACUCGUUCUGCUGGAUCUCCUGCCAAAAAGUCUACAGAAGUCUCUGUCAGAAAGUCCGACUCCAAAGCUCCCUCACCUGCCAUGCACAUUGAUAUGCCUGAUUGA